UAGUUUCACCCAGCCCGCACGGCUCUCGCUCCCAGACUCUCACUCAUUUAUUUAUUUAUUUAUCUAUUUAUCCGUGACGCGCGUCCCCGCCGCGAAAGCCCGAGCGCUCCCCACUCUCUCCUCUCUUCCCUUCCUCUUCUCCUCUCGGCAGCAUCCAGAACCAUAGAGCAGCCGUCCCCAUCACUCGCUCUCCUCCCCUCCUCCUCUUUCUCUCGCCGCCAGAUCGCUCUCUCUCUUUCUGCGUCUCUCACCCCUCACCCCCAUCCACCUCCCCAGCUCUGUCCCUCAUUUCUCUGACGCACGACAGGGAAACAUACCCGAGGAAAAAAAGAAAGGGAAAGAAAAAAAGAUAGCAGCUGACCCAGCCACAGUCGAUAUGAUCCACAGAUUCCUUCUACUGCUGAGCCGGAAAGAAACGCGGUCCUGAAACCGAGAGGAAAAUACUUGCACCCAGCUAUACCGUUGUUGAGCGCGCACCCGGGGGGCGGCUGUGGAGAAGGAGGGAGGGGGGAAAGGGGUGGAAGGGGAAGUGGACGGACACAAGCCGAGGACUUGCAUUUUAAGCAAACUGCUUUGAGAGGGAAAAAAUGUAGAGGAGAAAGAAGGGGAGAGAGUCAGAGUAACCGGAGAGUGAGAGUGGCAGAGAUCGCAUUCCUAUCACGUCUUCAUUUCUUCUCUCUUUUGCCUCAGCCACUGAGAGAUCGAGAGAGAAGAAGAAGAAGAAGAAGAGAGGGCGAGAGAUAGAGAGAGGGGGAAAAGGAGAGGAGGGGAGAAGGAGAUCUAACAAGAUUCAAACUAGUGGUCUUUCCCCGAUGCUUUGCAAUUGCCGGACAUCGGACGCUAAGCGGGACGCACCGGGCAACAACAGGACACACUGCAGGAGGAUAUGUGAAGUUGGAAUCCUACUAAACUAAUGUUGUGAAGUGGCUCUGUCCCUGGAGCCAAGACUUCAUCCCUUUGGUGUCAGCAAGGAUGCUGUGGGUUACCUUGCUGAGCACCAUAGCCUUAGGAUGGACCACGCCGAUCCCACUACUGGAGGACUCAGAGGAGAUCGACGAGCCCUGCUUCGAGCCCUGCUACUGUGAGGUCAAAGAGGGCAUCUUCCACGUCCACUGUGACAAUAAAGGAUUUACAAAUAUCAGCCAGAUCUCCCAGAUAUGGAGCCGGCCCUUCAAGCUCAACCUGCAGAGAAACUCCAUGAGGAAGCUUUACUUUAACAGCUUCCUCCACCUUAACAAUGCCAUAUCCAUUAAUCUGGGCAACAACGCCUUGCAAGAUAUUCACGCCGGAGCAUUCAAUGGCUUAGGAAUACUCAAACGGCUGUUCCUGCAUGAAAACAAACUAGAAGUUUUCCGGAAUGACACUUUCCUGGGCUUGGAUAGUUUAGAGUAUCUCCAGGCAGAUUACAAUGUUAUCAAAAGGAUUGAAAGUGGUGCAUUCAGACACCUUCACAAAUUGAGAGUACUUAUAUUAAAUGACAAUCUGAUCCCUGUGCUCCCAAAUUAUCUUUUUAGAUCUGUGUCACUCACACAUCUGGACUUGAGAGGAAACAGACUAAAGACAUUGCCAUACAAGGGCACACUGGAGUAUAUUGGGAGGAGCUUAAUGGAAAUCCAGCUAGAGGAGAACCCCUGGAACUGUGUCUGUGAAAUUGUCCAGUUAAAAACAUGGCUGGAGAGAAUUCCCUACACAGCUUUAGUGGGUGAAAUCACAUGUGAAUAUCCUUUCCACUUACAUGGGAAAGACUUAAGGGAAAUCAAACGCAGUGAGCUCUGUCCUUUGCUCUCGGAUGCAGAGAUAGAGGCCAAGCUGGGAAUUCCCAGGAUUCCAUUCAGCAAUGAGAACACAUGGCCUACUAAACCUUCCUCAAUGCUCUCCUCCUUUCACAACACAGCCUCUUCUGUGGAAUAUAAGGAAAGAGUUGUAAAACCCACCAAACGACCUCGGCCCACAAAGAACCCCCCAACUCCUCGUAGCAUCUACCCAGGCAUCAACCAGCCCCCAAUUGCAGGUUAUCAAACAAGGCCUCCUAUUCCAAUAAUUUGCCCCGCUGGAUGUAUUUGCAAUCUUCAUAUCAAUGACCUGGGGCUAACGGUAAACUGUAAAGAGAAAAGCUUUCAUAACAUCUCAGAGCUUCUUCCACGGCCCCUCAAUGCCAAGAAAUUGUAUCUCAGUGGAAACCUAAUACAGAAGAUCUAUCGUUCUGAUUUCUGGAACUUCUCAAGUUUGGAUUUACUGCAUUUAGGUAACAAUCGGAUAUCUUAUGUCCAGGAAGGCGCCUUUAUCAACCUACCGAACUUGAAAAGUUUAUAUUUGAAUGGGAAUGACAUUGAGAGACUCACCCCUGGGAUGUUUCGGGGGCUUCAUAUGUUGAGUUAUCUUUACUUUGAGUAUAAUGUCAUUCGUGAAAUACAGCCUCAUUCCUUUUCCCUGAUGCCAAAUCUCCAGCUGGUUUUUCUCAAUGACAACUUGUUGCGUUCCCUCCCCACUGAUGCCUUUGCUGGAACCAACCUUGCACGUCUCAACCUCCGCAACAAUUACUUCCUUUCCUUGCCUGUGCAUGGUGUACUGGAGCAUCUGACCUCAAUUGUCCAGAUUGAUCUCCAUCAGAACCCCUGGGACUGCUCCUGUGAUAUCAUUCCCCUCAAACAGUGGUUGGAAAAGCUCUCCUCUGUCAUUGUAGUUGGAGAUGUCAUCUGUAAGACACCAGAGUUUGCUUUUGGGAAGGAUCUGCGUUCACUUGAGGUUGAAGUCAUCUGUCCCGAGCUUAAAUAUUCUUCAGGCCCAUCCCCAGCUCUGCCUGGUGGGAAUGACUUCACCACAGGGAGCUCUGACAUGGGGGUGGCAGGUGGGAGAGGUGCUGUCCCACUGUCUGUCCUCAUCCUUAGCCUACUAAUCCUCUUCAUAUCUGCUGUGUUUGUGGCCGCUGGGCUUUUUGCUUUUGUUCUUCGUCGCCGGAAAAAGUUGCCCUUCCGGAAACGUUCUGAGGUAGAUCUGACAGGGAUCCAAAUGCAAUGCAGAAUUUUUGAGGACCCACCAAGGCAAAGCAGUUCCGGGAACACUGGCACACCAGAGAAACCUACGCAGAGUAUGCACACACACACCCAUGCUAGUCACACACAUGCUCAUGGCCACGUCUAUGAUUACAUCCCUCAUCCUGUGACUCAGAUGUGUAACAACCCCAUUUAUAAACCUAGAGAAGGGGAGAUAGCAGAGGAGGAGAGAGCACAGUUUUCUGAGAAGAAAGACAAUGGGAGCAGUAGCAACAGUAACUACAGAACCUUAUUAGAGAAAGAGAGAGAGUGGACCCUGGCUGUCUCCAACUCUCAGCUCAACACCAUUGUUACAGUCAACCACACCACGGCUGACAUGGCAGGAUUUCAUGAGAAUGGAGGGCUCUGCCCAACAGUGAUUGACAGUCAGAGGCCCACGCCUACUGUUGGUUUUGUAGACUGUUUGUAUGGGACAGUACCCAAAUUAAAGGACAUGCAUGUGGCGCAUGCACACCCACCAGGCAUGCAGUACCCUGAUUUGCAGCAGGAUGCACGGCUAAAGGAGACGUUGCUUUUCACAGCGGGAAAAGGUUGCUACCCCGACCCGUCCCAAAGUGAUUACCUUGAGUUGAGGGCCAAACUUCAAACCAAGCCGGAUUACCUCGAAGUCUUGGAAAAGUCUUAUCGGUUUUAACAUCUCUAGCCCAUGGACAAAAAAAAAA